UGACAUCAUCAUUGCCACCGUCGUCCGCUGCUUGUCAGUCGCUCGUAGAAUGACGCAGUAGGCGGACGCAGCGCGUGGAGCGCAGUGCCGAGUCCCUCGAGAGUGCAUGAUGAGAAAGCACGGUGUUUCGGGGUGAAGUAGAUAAAAUUACUUUGGAAAAAAAUGUCUGCGGAAUCACCAAGGCGAAGUGCACAUAAAGGAGCUCAAGUUGUUUCACCUCAACCUAUAGUUGAUCGAUCGAUUAUCGACAGUGUUGCUGGAAUCAUCAAUGACAUAGUACCACAGGGAUACGCGGGGGCGUCUAACUCUGAUAAUAAGGAAACCAUAUCAUGGGCGCGAUUUGAGUACGCGGAUAUAAAUGAUCCUGCUUUAUAUCCCGAUUACAAUGAGGGUUCCGGUACACCACCAUUGUUAUUGGUGCUAGGAUACGCUGUUGGUGUUCAGGUAUGGCUGAUAGCAGCAACGGGGGAAGCGACGGAGGUCCUGUCAUGGCGGCAAAACGUAGUUCGCACCCUUCGAAUUCUACCAAAUCCGAAGACUGACGACGAGCACGUCGACGAGUUCGAGGCGAAGCGGCCGUUAGUAGCUAUCUGUUCCGAGUUGGACUCGACUCUUCCGGGACCAAAAUUUUGCGACGUCAACUUCAUCUCUUUAAAAACCGGCGAGCAAGUGCACAGCGUAGGAUUCAAGAAUCCCGUUUGCGACGUGCUGGCCAACAGGCGGUCCGUGGUCGUAACGUUAUUAGAAAAAAUUGCAGUCUUCGAUGCCAGAACGUUGCAGAACAAUAUAAUCAUCACUACCUGCUAUGCCAGCCCUGGCCCAAAUCCAAACCCGGUUGCUUUAGGAACACGAUGGCUCGCUUACAGCGAGAAGAAAUUAAUACCCUCGAGAAGAAGCAGCGGUGGCUGCGAGGAAGAAGGCGUUCAGAGUUACACGGCCACGGUAUUGUACGCAGCCAAAUCACUGGGCAAGGGCCUUCGCGGGCUGGGAGAGACCGUAGCCUCGAGUCUGACUGGAAAUUCAGUAUCACCGAUGGCCAUCAAUAACGCGGGCAACGACGUAACGCAGCCGGGCGUUGUCACGAUACUGGACCUUCAUGUCGCGAAAGACGAGAAGGAGCUGGACGAUGCGAAUGCGGAGGCUGUGAUCGCGCACUUCACCGCCCACAGCGACGCGAUCGUCGCCAUGACUUUCGAUCUGACCGGUGCGUUAUUAAUGACGGCGGAUAAAAGGGGACACGAUUUUCACAUAUUCAGAGUUCAACCGCAUCCCGGUGGGCCGACGUUGGCAGCGGUGCAUCAUCUGUACAUUCUACAUCGCGGCGACACUACUGCGAAAGUACAGGAUAUGGUAUUCUCGAGCGAUACACGUUGGGCCGCGAUAUCAACCGUCAGAGGUACGACCCAUGUUUUCCCCGUCGCGCCUUACGGAGGUCCUGUGGGUGUCAGGACGCAUUCCACGCCUCAUGUGGUAAACAGGCUAUCGAGAUUUCACCGGAGCGCGGGCCUGACCGACGACGGUACCCGAUCCCACUCUCCCGUGUCGCAUACGGAGCUACCUCUAUCCGCGUAUCCGUAUUCGAAUCCUCGACUGCCGCCGUAUCCCCAUCCGACGAUAUUACACCCACUGUCGCAGAUACGACAGCCCUCGUCCCUGAAUCAGGCCAACAGCUCCACGCAACCGAGACCGCAACAGAGACAGCGGUUACAUUCUGACGACAGCGGGACGUUGCCGUUGAAGAUCUGCGCGUGCUUCGCUCCUCCACGAGCUUGGAUGUACGCGCAGAGGGAAUCCAGCAGUAAGGUCAUCAAGAAAGCGGUCGACUCUUUGUUCAUCAUGGCGUGUCAUGGAAACAUGAUACAGUACGACUUGGAACCUAAAGCAGCUGCUGGAGUGCCAAAGGAAAAGGUCUGCGACGACACCAUGAUCGAGCUGGAGGUCGAGGCGAAAGGCCAGUGGCCGCUCUGUAGAUCUCCCAAUUUCUCGGAACUCGUCCCACCGUUGUCCAUGUCCAAUCCGUUGCUCAAUGUUUCGUUCACACCAAAGAACAAUCAGGAGCUCGACACGGCCGAGGACCGUUGGUUGAGCCAAGUGGAGAUCGUAACGCACGCCGGACCGCACAGGCGACUAUGGAUGGGGCCGCAGUUUGUGUUUAAAACUUAUAACGCGCCCAGCGGUGUGGACGUUAAUUUGGUCGGAGCGGAAGCAGUCGAGAUUGGAAUCACCGGAUCACGUCCGGCAAGAUCGAAGCCCGUUAACAUGCCCCAUGCAACGUCUAGACCGUUGAUGCCAGUUGUCAUCGACGGGUCAGGAAGCAGUUAUGAGCAAUCGCCGAGAUUCAUGGAGGCUUACGGCGAUCCUCUGGACAGUGAGAACGUGGCCGUCGGCAGCUGCGAGAGUCAACUGAGAGAGGAUCUCGCAGAGGCCAUGCUCGAAAUAUCCAUCGCGUCGCAUCGUGCUCCAGGGAGGCGUACGGUAUUUGAGAGGGUGGGUCAGCCGGUAACUAAAGUCGUCAACCCUCACACCGGCACCGUGAUUACCGUGUCGGCCGACGAGGAGGAAGACGCUAUUAACUCCAAUCAGGAGUACGACUCCGCCGCGGAGGAGAUCCACGCACCUAGAAGCGUGUGCGCGGAGGAGGGACCGGCCUCGCUCGGCGCGGCGGACCUCUCGGAUGAACCGGAGAGCCGGGCCCUGAAUCGCGAGCUUACCGAGAUCUGUGCGGAGAUGCGUUCGGCCAGCGAGCCGGCGAUCGACAGCGUGCCCGACGAGAACAUACGCGAACUGAAGGAACGCCGUGCCCUCUGCGCGGAAAUGGUGCACGGCAACAGGAAUCCAUCGUCGAUCGACUUCGAGAAGGAGGAAGCCUUCCGCGACGUGCCGACGAGCCUCAGUCUGUGCGCCGAACAAGGUGAGAUCCCGAGCAGUCCGAUGACGCAGGCGAAAGAGACCGCGUUGUGGUGCUGCAAGAGCAAGGCCGCGACCAGGCGCGAGGAUCAUAACGAGGCUCACGAGAGAAAUCUUGCCAAGGCGAAGUACGUCGUUAAUUACGAUGACGACAGCGUCACGCUCAUGGAGAAUAAAACCAUGCGAAGCGAGAGAAGUAACGAGGCAGCGCAGUCGAGCGCGGACGAGCAGCAUGCAGUUGCACGAGUAUCUAAGAAGUCCUCCGCGAGAAGAAACGUCGUCGAUUCUGUGGAAAAAGCCUCAAAGAGAUUCGUGUCGAGCUCCAGUUUCGCGCAGAAACGUCCGACUGAGCAGCAGACGGCGUGUACGGAGAAAUACGUCGUCAAGGAGGAUGAAGACAGUAUUAUCAUCGAAGAUGCACGGUGCGCAGAUUCGAACGCAAAGGACGGUGCGGCAAGGAAGAACGAGAAGGAGAGCGGCGACAUCGAUAAAAAGAGAAACGAGAACGUGAAAAACGUCAGUAAAGUGGUGAAGCCGCAUAAAAGCAAAUCGAGGGGCUGCGUUCCCUUGCAAGAUGUCUGUGGUAAUAAUCCCCGAGUAACACCCGAAGAUAAGCAGGUCAGAUGUGCGAGAGAGGAAGCUUCCAGCGAUACAUCUCGAACGAAGUCGCCUAUCGACAUGAAGGAAAAUUUCGCUAAACUUGCGUCGAUAAUGGAAAAAGCGGCAUUACUGUGGUCUGACAACAACAAUGACGAUGAUGACGAAUUGCCGCCGCUGGAGCCUCCGCCGCUGGAUCCGCCGCCGCUGGACGAUUUCAGUUCCAUUGAGUACCACAUGGUGGAACCGUGCCUCGGCAAGGACACCACUUCCACUCCAUCCGCUCAAUCCGACGACGACAUCGAGCACAUUCACGCGUCCGAGUUAAUGCAGAUGCGCGCGAGGGCUGAUGGCAAGUACAAAGACGCGAGUGCGGUCAGUGCUUGCGUCGUGCAGUCAUCCCCUGUGGCGCAACGGAAGAGCAGCAAGAGCACGAUCUCGGACGACGAUCUCGAGUACAUACACAGCUCCGAGCUCAACUUCGAUUCGAUGAAUUUCGAGCGAGGAGAUGCGGUCAGAAAGAACGACAGUUGUUCACGCAGAAAGUACAGCAAGUACGCUCUGUCCUCUGACGACGACUUAGAGCACGUUCAGGACUCCGAGAUCCGUGAGUUAGAACUUGGCACGAUGGCCAGCUCGCCGAAGGAAUCUCCGACGAUGCAAGAAGCGGCGCCGACGGAGCAGCAAGGACUGAGGUCGUCUAGGUCCGGCAGAAAGCGCAAGGAUAUCAUGGUGAUCGAGAAGAGCGAUGCAGAGGCUGCGGAGGUCACCGUGAUAUACAAUCCGCUGGAGGAUAUGUGGCAGAGAUCGGAAGAAAUCGAUAAAUGCGGUUCCGUCGAGCAACUUAAGGAUAAACCGGAAGCGGCGUAUCCGAGUCCCACGAGAAGGAUGAAAAAUCGCUCCUCAAAGACAAGUUGCUCAUCAUCAUCGUCAUCGACGUCGCUGCUGUCCGGCAAGCGAGUUUCUCAGACGGCCGGCGACAUCGUCGAAAUUAUCGACCUCGACGCGUUGCAGAAAGCCGAUAUGGACGCGGACGUGGCGCCGGAGUGUAAAAUCCUGUCUGCCGGAACGCGCGGCAGAAAAUCUCGUAAGAGCAAAAAAUCGCACUCGGAAGGCCAGUUGCAGGAAAACAGUUCGAUGGAGCUUCCCAUCGGCGCUCCGCCCUCAUUCCGUUCCUCCAAGGUGAGAAUGGCGGAGCUGCAGGAGGCCGUGCAAGAGGACUCUCCGAAAUGGUACCAGGAAUCAAAGGCUCAAGCUCCUCCUUCGACGGAGAUAUCCUGGAGUUCUGUGGUCAAGAAGAGCAUUUCUUCGUCAGAAUCGCAGGAGAUUCGUAAGGAAACCGAUCUUGAACCGUUGAUAGAAGUGGAAGAGAAAUCAGAGAUUGGUGAGCGCGCGAGGAAGCACGAUGAACUCGGAGUACGCGAUGAUCCGUUGUCUGUCGGAUCCGUGAGAUACACGAAACGCGAGAAUACACGACGCCGAGUGUUAUCCGAGACCAAAGGGGUGGAAGAUAACGUCGAUGAAACGAGGACGACGAUGACAACGAUGGAAGAGAGUGUUCUCGUAAACCUUUCUGCGGCGGUACCGAUAGUAGACGAACCUCGUCUGGACAAGGAUAUCGUGAGCGUCGCGACCGAUAAGCCACGUACUAAGAUCCGUCGGAACGAAGAGGAUAAGAAAAGGACGGGAGACAGUCCUCUCCUUGCUUCGGAAGUACGAUUCGUCGCCGACGAGAUACGUCGAGGUGGCAGCCAAUCGGUGGCCAGUUAUGAGGACUUGAGUUCUAGUAGCUUCAGCUCCGCUAGCAGAGCGUCCUUGGAUGCAAGGAGCUCGCCGACGCCGUCGUACGGGGCCGAGAACAUGAUGGUAUUUCCUGGUGACAGUAGUGGCUCCAUUUGAGAUUAUUUGAGAUGCGCAGCCAUGUUGCCCAAGUGGCUGCGCUGCCUCAGGUAAAGAAAGAGUGUGACAAGAUGCAGAACCGCAGUGCCAUGAGCCGUUCCUCUCGCGGAAGGAAAAUCCUCGCUCGAGAAGAAGGAAGAGGAUGCUCUUCGCUGCAGCCACCGGUUCUGCCUUCUUCGCUUCAUCGGUUACACUACAAAACUUUACUUUUCUAAAGCUCCACUAGCAUGCCGGAUUACAUAGUAUACAGUGGAACAGAUACAGUGUACAGAUUGAACAAAUAGUGGAGAUAAUGAAGAACGUUAACGAUGAGGAGUGUUAUCAAAACAACGGGAGAAAAGAGUAAAUGAGAGAAGAGGAAGCUACAAACCCGCGACUCUUCUAUGAAGCGCGUGCGGUGACACGGAUGCGGUUUCUUUCCGCGCGAUUGUUCUGAGAGAAUCACGCGUUUUGCCAUUAUCUUGUUUCCUCAUUGUCUCUUCGCCUACUCCGUUCGCUUACUCUUUAUGCGUGCAUUUGCGCGGGCCACGGCGCUUUCUUCUAGUACAUGCAAUUUUUUACGGAAAAUUCUGUACAAAGCCAGUGGCGUAGGAACGAAAGUGACUCUCAUCGUAUUCGCGUGUAAAUGCAUAUUGCAAAAAAAAGAAAACGGAAGAGGAAGAUAAAAAAAGAAACGCGGCCGAAACAAAAGCCGCGAUAAAAAAUUCUGUUUCUCAAUCUUUCUAUUACGCUAUUAAUACUUAUAAGAGACUACUUUACAGUAAAGUACGCUAAUUAUUAAUCCCUAUAUUUUUAUACUUUUGGUAUUUCUCUUCGUGGAUGACGUACGUUCGAGAAUAGUCUGCAUUCGCGAUAGUUGCAUUUCUACAUCCCCACCUCGUGCAAUUUAACAAAAUUUACCCUUAGCACUGUGUGGAUUGUCCGUAAUUAUCUGUAAUCUGUAAUUUCGAGUUAUCUAGUUCCAACAUAUAAUACUUUCGAGUUUUGUAAACGACCGUUUCUUCCCGCUCUACUCGCGUUCUCUCAUUAGCAUAUCAAUUUUGGGUGGCCUCAAAACAAUGCGUUCGCUCGACAAGAUAAUGGUGUGCAACAAAUGAUAUAUACAAUCAAUAUCCUGUUUAAUUGAGCAAACUACUCCAUGUUUUUUCUCAACAUAAGAGACGAGAAGAAAGUAAAUAAAUCUUUUGAUCAAAAAUAGAUAAAUAAAUGCAGCGUGAAAUAGCCACUUACAAGCACUACGAACUAAUUAAGUAGACGUAAUAUAUUUGCGAUUCUGGUAAAUAUCUGGCGGAUAAAAGACGCAUUGUCCAGAGGCAACUUAACGCGACGCGACGAUCGCGCCGUAUCGAAGUAAACCAAGUUUAUCCGAGUUCGUUCCUACUCCAUCACACGUUCGUAAGUGACCAAUCUAGAUCGAACGGAGAGUUUUCAACGUUUUAAAGUAUCAGCAGCGGGAUGAGAUGUGAACGAGAUCGGUUUAGCUAAUACGUUAGUUAUAUAGAUCGUGGUAAAAUUUCGCGAAAACGUAAACGCGAUAUAGCGCACCAGGAUAUUCCACGAAAAUUUGGCAUAAUCCGUAUAUAUGUACAUAUUUCUUAGCAAAAUUAUGUGAGCACAUGGAUAAGGAUUGUUUCCAUAAACAUUACUGAAAUUUAAUAACAAUUUUUAUAACAAUCUCUGUCUGUUUCUAUAUGUCGAUAUUAUAUCAAUGUUAAUUCUUACGAAGUGAAUUUCGUUUAAUACUUCGUUAUUAACGUUUACCAUUAUUUGAAAAAGAAGAAAUUUAGGUAAUUCAUUCACAGAUUUAUUACAACUUCUUGAUGUUUUUUGGUGUUACCUUCUUUUACAUGUGACGUUUUAGAAAUAUAUUUAGAGACACAUUCAUUGUCUUAGGUCUAAAUAUAAUUUAAUGAGUAUUAUACAUUAUGUAGAUUUGCAAAAACAAUGCCACGCAUCCGUUCUCCGUGAAUACUUAUCGAUUCAAUAGGUAACAGCUUCAUUCAAGUAUAAUAAAGUGCUACAAAGUAAAUUAGAGACAGUUAGUCGUAACUAAUGGGCCAAAUUUAAUGUACGUAGAUAUACAGACGCAAACAGGGUAGAAGCAUAAUCGAUGAGUAGACUUCCCGACAUCUUCUGGGUAGGGAUUUGCCCGAUUUUCGUGGGAUACCCGGUUAUUCUGCUUUUUUCUAAGUGAUAUUAUACAUAGAAUAAAAAUAUUAGCUAAUAGCGCGUGCGAUCGGUGCCAUCUGGACUCGGAGAUGCGGAACGUAGCAUAGAUUAUUAGGAGAUAGUGCGUGUGCGUGUAUGAAAUUUUCGUAAUAUCUCCGUAGACGGCGUAGAGUAAUUUUUGUAGGAAAGUAAGUACGAGCGAUGAUACGCACCGCUCGUUACGGCGACUCAUGCAACAGUAAAGUGCAAUAGUUGCUUGAUGGAAGAUACCCUCAUUGCUUCCGAGGCGUGAAAGUUUCGGCGCAACAGUGGUCUAAGUACUCAGACUUCCCUCAUUUUUUAUCUUCAACGCUCUACGUUCUAUCGUGAAUCUCUCAUCUGCAAUUUAUCUUUCUUCGUGAUUACUGCACUUGAUGCAAAAGUAACGAGGGAAAUUUCUAGAAAUAGGUACUAUCCUGCUCACCACCGUUUCGUCUGCAUUUAUCAGGCGAUUGAUUGUAGAUUUUCCAAUUCGCGCUAUAGUAUGAAAUAGAUAUGAGAUAGGAGAAUCGUUUCUUUGUUUAUUAACUUUAUAGAGGAGAAGUGGGUAAUCGUUAGAAGAUAUAUGUAUGCAUUUAGCAGAUACGCACGGAGGAACAGAGGGAAAACCUUCAUUUCAUACCUUUUCGAGUAAUACUUUGAUAAAAAGUUUUAGUACGCAGAUACACCGUGCCGACUUGUAUGUGCGCGUGUCUAUUGUCCCACGCGACACUGAGAAUAAAAUUAACUCUUGGAUACGUGACUUCUAUUUCAAUAAAAUAAAAGUUUCAAUAAAAUUUACGUUUCGUAAACCGUCACAAAGAACAGUUCAAAAUCUUUCUGAAAUAUUCAAGAGAUAAAAAAUAAAGAUUUUUCUUUUGCAGAUAGGAAGCUAUCUCAAAAACAUAUUUAAGAUAAUUAAGAUUCAAGAUAAGAUUUUUUCCGAAAGCCGUUACUCAUGUGUCCAAGAGUUGAUGUUCUCGUUGCUGCACUGAAUCAAAGAAAUACACGGCCGCGCGCACACAUAUAUUUUUCUACCUCUUACUUUCCGAUAGCGUCGCCAAGGAUCUAUUGUUCUCCACGGCGAAAGUAGGCAGGACGAGUCCGCAGGCUCCGAUGCGCCGUGCACGAUAACCCAGUAUCGCAUGGUAACUGUAAUUAUUAAUGUAAUGAUAAUUUAUACAUGUACAUAGAGGUUUAUCCUUCACACAUACUCUCGAGAGACGAUUAAUGGUCCUUGGUAAGUUGAGACAUACGUAUUAUCUCUUUUUAUACUUACAUCACAACUUGUGCAAUAGACAAAUCAAUUUUAUAUUGUUAUUAUAAUAAAAUGCACGGAUACGUUUUGAAAAAGAAGAAAUACGAAUGGAGGUAUAGGCCAAUGCAAAAAAAACAAAUUUACAAAACCAGCUAUGUAUGCUCCUACUCUACGAUAUGAUUCUUCUUUUUCUAAAUUUGAUACAUUGAUAUUAGUUAAGAUGAUUCACGAAUUCAUGAGAUCGACAUCUAUAAAACUUGCACAAUGAACGAGUGUGAACUUUGUCUGGAAAUGGAGUAGCUUACUACUAUGUCUCUUUCAAUCAAAAGUGGAAACUGCAAAGUGUGCAUAGUCGGGUCUCGAGAGUCGAUUACCCUCCCUUGAUGUUAACAAAGCGGGCCGCAUCGUGAAUCGCUUUAAUCAACUAACUAAUACGCGCGAGCGAUGGCUUCGUAACGUUUUACGAACCGAUUCGAUUUAUUGUUACGCCUGGACAAUAGCACGUUCUCGAAUCACGGGUGUUGCAUCGCUUUGCAAGCGUAACGCAAUUGUGUACACGGAAUUUCUCUGGUUUCCAACAAGGGCGUUUUUGGUUUUACUUCUACGUAGCAUAGAUCUACUAUACUUCUACGAUAGAUUGUAAGGAAUUUUGCUUCUCCCGGAGGUGGACUACAGACGCAACUGCUCGAAAGAAGAUCGGCAAAGCAGAAAAAUUCCGUUACGUAUGCAUCGCAGCUGUUUCGUACCAGACGAGAGACUUGCCGCAAAACGCGCUUAGUGUCAUUUAAUCAUCAAUGCGCAAAUAGUAUCCAGCGUGACAUUAGGUGCCUUUAGCAUUCCUAAUCAACAGUGUAAUGAAAUUAAAUAGAAGACAGGAUGUUUAAUGAGUGUAGUUCGUACCGACUCGUUCUUAAUCUGACAAGAGAAAGAAGCUGCAAGCGGUAUCACGAAGUGAUGAACCGAUUUCGUGAUCGCAAAUCUGUAUAGCAAUAUUUUUGAUUGUUUUUACAGAGCGUACGAUUACAGUAAAAUGUCAUAAUAUUUGAAAAUACACAUAUUCUUAAAAAUAUUGAAGUGGAAUGUCCGCUCAUUGGAAAAUAUUUUAAUUACUAAACUGAUUGGUAUAUCUUCUCUUCAAAAUUUCGUUGAAAGGCUCAACCAUGUAAAAGUAUACAGCAUUCAAGAUCUUUGACGAAUUGAACUAAUAGUAAGUCAGAUUCUCCAAUAAACUUUAAGUGGAAUUUAAUAGCAAUUUGAUUGUUAUUGCAUAAAGAUUCUAAUUAGUAGACAUUGUAUUCUGUUAUAUUGCAUUGGGCAUUCUAUUCGAUAGAAAGUUAUUUCUAUUAAAGAAUAUUAUAACAUUAACGACAUCAUGAAAGAAUUUGUUAUUAAUACAUUGAGUUUUCUAACUUUCAAGCUUAAUUGUUAAAAUAGUUUUAAUAUUGAAAAUAUUAAAUUCAAUAUUUUUAUCAAUAGUAUUAAAUUCAAGAUUAUUAAAUAGUAUUGAAAAUUAGAAACACAUCAUUGUGCUAGAUAGACAACUUUUGGUAUGUGAUAAUUAAUCGCAAUUACGGACAAUUUUAAAGAAUGCUGUACUGGUGAAAUAUCUUUAAAAAUUGAUAAAAACAAAACUCAAAGUAAUUAAAUAAUUCGAACUUGGCUCCUCCGCAAAACGAGUCUGCCGUUGCACCGACUGAAUUUCAUCAUGAUAUUCAUUCUCUAUUUUUCAAUCGUAAUAUCUUUGAAAUAUCUAAUAUCUUUCGAUACGUUCGAUACGAAAAAAAAAAACGAAAAAGAAAGAGGAAAAAGGAAAGACCGCAAAAGUACAUUCCACCAAGCUAACUUUUAUCCAUCAUAUUCGAUUCCACUCCAUUCUCCGAACGUCUAAGUCGCCACAAAUAAAUAGAUAAAUGAAUAAAUAUAUAAUAAAUACGUACAUAUAUAUACAUAUAUAUAUGUACGUAUAUAUAUAAAUAGCUGUAGAUCGCUAAUUGUACUUCUGCCGAUGUAGAUGCAGAGCACCUUUGUAUCAUGAAUUUUUGUCCUCUAUCGCGCAAUGCGUUGUAAAUAUGAUUUUCAUCGAGAGAAGAUGACGAUCAUGAGCGAAGUGCUGUGAUUGCGAGCCGAUAAGCGUUGAUCGUGCGAGCUGCUGAAACAACAAUCGGCGAUUUCCAAAACUUUCCCGACUACUUGCAAACUUGUGAAGAUUAACGAUUCUACAACUGAAAUACGAGUCAUAGUCGUCCAACGUCAGAAAUCAAGACCUCCCGACGAAAUGGAAAUAAAUAGUGAAAAUAUUGUGUAUUUUUUUCAAGUAAUUUCUGACAUAUCUUGUACAUACAUUCCUCUUAAAAUGGAACGAUCUCUCGAGUCGUCAGUAAUUUAUCACGACAACAUCGUGCUUUAAGGUUUGCAAGUUAGAAAGAAAUUGGAAAUCGCUGCUGGAGAGUGACGUGUACGUCUGUGCGGAAAGAAAAGUAUAGAUUGUGAUGAACGAUUUUUAACGAGGUCUCGCGGUGGCGUCGAUGCAACGAAUGCGGGUAUGGAUCAACCAAACAACGACAGAUUGGCGAAAGAAAUAGGAAAGAAACAAUGUCUAUUAGAAUGCUCGAAUAAAAAAAAGAGACAAGAUAUUUCUUAUCUAACGUAAAGUCGCCGGUAAUAUUGAAGGAUUCAAUGUAACAGUCCGAUUUAAUCUUUUUAAAAUCUUGAGGAAAUUAAUCUCACAUAAUGACUUCGAGAUUAAUUUUCCCAAGGUUUUAUAAAACGCGUUAACGUGUAAGAGUUAAAUGUCCGACGCUCUAGCAACAUACGUAAAACACAACAUACACACACACACACGAGCGUUUUCGAAUUUGGCAAAUGAUAUUAUUUGCAUUUUGGGGCAUUAUUUUCCGUUCGACGCUUGACGUGCGGCACGGGAAAAGAAAAAGAAAGAGAAAGAUCGAGUUCCACCUGAAAUAGAUGUUCGCAUGUAUGACACCGCGUCACUUCGGCCUACCAAGCGGUUUUUUCAUAUAUUUUACUAUAUAUAUUAUGUAUUUUUGUCUGAGCUGAGAGAAUACAGCUACUAAUAAACAUUAAAAAAAAGUAUGUAUAUCUUAUACAUAUAUAAAUAGCGUGUAAGAGCGUAUAACUUUAUGUCACAUGUAUACAGCCGUGUUGACGGAGCACAGUGAUUCUUAAAUAAGCCGGCGGCGCUUCGGGAUCCUGCCGAGCAUCGAUUCCACCAGAAUCCGACGGAAUCCCGACGCUGUGCCUAUCGUGGAAGGUGUUUUGUAAUUGCGAUGGGCGGACGGAUUCUUUAAGAAACAAAUAAAAGAUUUUUAAUGACUGCAACGAAA